AUGCGGGGCUUGAGUACCGGGAGAAACCCCUCUCGCAGUUCACGGAUCGUGAACAACGGAAAUAGUGGAUCGAGCGUGCUCCUGGCCUUGUCCUUAAUAAAUGAUCCCAACUUUCCACCAAAUGAAUCACUACAGUGGGCAUUGAGAACAUCCAAGGAGCUUUCCGACUACAAGACCCAAGCUAUAUUACUCGAAGAGCUCAUCUGUCGCGUUGAAGAUCCCCGCCCGUUGUUCAACGAGUUGGACCAGCUGUAUGGACAUGCUAAGGGUGAUCUCAUCCAAUUUUACGAGUCCUUGACCUCACAGUACUUACUCGCUACUGAUGAGGAUUCAUGUUGGGAGCUUCUCCAAAGACUAGAAGCCGCCGCUUCUGAAUUCAAGCCCACUCCUAAAGACGAUGUUUGUGCCGCAACCCGCUGGAAUGGCCUUGGGGUGCAGAAUGCCCUGGCUCGCUCAAUCUCCGAAGAAGAAGAGCUCCUUGAACAAAAUUCCGAGCUAGCAAAAACACUCUCCGAGGCCCUCCCAUAUUCUCAAAAGGCAAUCGACAAGUUUGCUAAGCCUAGCGUUGACGAGAAUAAACCCGCCAAUGUGAAUGACAGGUUCAAGGAAGACAUUUCCCACCGACUCCACAAGUUAGAGCUUGAACUCUUGAAAUACAAGCGACAAGCUCUAGAGAAGGAGCUUCACGACGUCAGAUCACGCCUCGAACUCGAAAAGUUCGAGAAUGAGGAAAAACCGAGGGCCAAAAAAGAGGAAAUACCCAAGCCACGGGAGGACACCUCAGGCCGCGGUCUAGGCUUUUUAGUUCAAAGACCUUCGAGUUCUCCAGAGAUCUCAUACAAUCGAAAGGAUGAUCCGACUGGGGAACAAGAUAAACAGGAUGGUCACAAGGUCAAAUUGAGACAACCAGAGGAUGAUGCUGUAGAGGAUACAAUCCCUUUAACACAUGAGCCUGAGGAAAUCAACUAUGAUACUUCUGCACAUGAGAACAAAGAGCAUCAGACAUCUGAAAAGCCAUACCGCUAUGCAUCUGUCGCAGAGCCUCAAGAUGAGCCCACAACGCUCGAUGAAUCUGGACAGGAUCCAGCCGAGCCUAGUCGAUCAGAGGUCAGGGGCCGUCAAACGACAGAGCUUCAACCCGAGACGGCACAGCCUCAAGUAACCUCCGAACUAGCUGAGGAUGUCAUUGUUGAGGAGAGUAUUGGUGAAGAGAGUGUACAUUCGGCAGACGGGUCUGAAGAAAUGCUCGCUCAUGUGCGAGAGGAAGUUCCUUCAGAGGACGAGAGACCAUCAAGGCCUCCUAGCUCUCUGGGACGGUCGUCUAAACGUGACUCUCAGGAUUUGGAGAAUCGGAGCAUUCGGAUGAUUGGGUAUUCUGAGGAGAUUCUUGAUUGA